AGCUGUUUUAGUCAACUCUAUACAUUUUUGCUGGGGCGUUUCACUGAGAAAUUGUUGUUGAUAAAAAACCCACAUCAAACACGCAUCUUUCAUAUUUAAGAUUAUCAAACGGUUAAACACAUACUCAAUUGUAAGAUGCUGGUUUUAGUACUGGGAGAUUUGCAUAUACCACAUCGCUGCAGCAGUUUGCCGGCCAAAUUUAAAAAGCUGCUGGUUCCCGGACGGAUUCAUCAUAUAUUGGCCACCGGAAAUAUUUGCACAAAGGAAUCGUACGAUUAUCUCAAAUCACUGGCCAACGAUGUGCACAUUGUGCGCGGCGAUUUCGACGAGAAUCUCAGCUAUCCCGAGCAAAAAGUCGUGACAGUGGGACAAUUUCGCAUUGGUCUCUGUCAUGGUCAUCAAGUAGUGCCCCGUGGCGAUCCCGAGGCAUUGGCACUGAUCCAGCGUCAACUCGAUGUGGACAUCUUGAUAACGGGGCAUACGUACAAGUUUGAGGCGUAUGAGCACGGCAAUAAGUUCUACAUUAAUCCCGGAUCGGCAACGGGCGCUUUUAACCCACUGGAUACAAAUGUGGUGCCUUCGUUUGUGCUGAUGGACAUCCAAAGCACCACAGUGGUCACCUAUGUGUAUCAGCUGAUUGGCGAUGAGGUCAAGGUGGAGCGCAUCGAGUACAAGAAGAUCUAACAAGUAUUAAACAUUCCUCCUCAUCUGCUUGAUCCUGAUCCCCUGGCUUUAAUAUGCAACACUUGAAAUACGUUUGAACAAAAACCAAUUGUAAAAAUUAAAACAAGUAUCCUUUUUAUUUUUAUUUAAUAAAAUAUACAUUUU